UUUGCCUUUUAGAGGGUCCUCCUCUCGGUCCCGUUAGCGCCACCAAAUAUCUGCUAAAGUUCCCAGCUUCCAAAGAACGUCCAGGCGUUACAAUGGAGCCAUCAGGAAGCAUUAUGACAGCAUCGCCAUCAGGCAGCCACAACUUCAACUCAGCAGGUAGUGGCUGUCCACUGGAGCUGAGCGACAAGGUCAAACUUUGCCGUUUCCUUUGCUUCUGUUCAGAGGGUGACAUUUAUACUGCUAGAGAGGAGCACCGACUUGGCAUGGAGAGCAGUGAAGCCCUGCUGACUCUGCUACAGGAAGGCCGUGGUUGUGAGGUGGUGGAGGAGAUAAAGAGGUUUGCCCAGGAUGAGCGAGCUGUCAGGCUCAAUGCAUGUCUAUUUGCCCUGGCUGUUUGCUCUCAGCACUCUGAGCUGAAGACCAGACAGGCAGCGUUCAAAGCCCUAAAGGAAGUUUGCCGGAUCCCCAUUCACCUCUUCUCCUUCAUCCAGUACAAGAAGGAACUAAAAGAGGGGAUGAAAUGUGGGAUUUGGGGACGUGCGCUUAGGAAAGCGGUGUCCAAUUGGUACAAUGAGCAGGAUGCCAUGAGUUUGGCUGUUGCUGUGACAAAAUGUAAACAGAGAGAGGGCUGGUCCCACAAGGAUCUGCUCAGGCUGUCCCAUGCAAGGCCAGCAUAUGAAACAAUUGCAUUGAUCAGUAAAUAUGUAACAAAAGGAUGGAAAGAAGUUCAGGUAGCAUAUGCAGAUAAGGAGAACUCCGAAGAGAUCAUCAACCUGCUGUCGUACCUCGAAGUCGUGGAGAAGGUCAAGCAUCCUUGUGAUGAAACAGAGGUCAUCCAUUUAAUAGAGGAACACAGGCUUGAGAGGGAACAACUACUGACAGACCACUUGAAGUCUAAACAAGUGUGGAGAGCUUUGUUGAAAGAAAUGCCCCUUGAAUCAAUGCUAAGGAUUUUGGGUAAAAUGACAGCAGACAAAAUUCUAGAAUCAGGAAGCUCAGAAAUGGCAACAAUAUGUGACAGAAUCCAAAGCGAGGCACUGUUAAAGAAGAAUGUGGAGCCUGUAAAUAAACGGUUUGCUGUUGCAGUGGAUGUCAGCUCAUCUCUGUGCAGCGUUGUUCCAGGAACAUCAGUCAGCACUGUUAUUGUCGCUGCAGCCAUUACUAUGGUUAUAUCAAGGACAGAAAUGGACACACAGGUCCUGAUCUACUCUGAAGGAGCUGUGUUCCCGUGCACCAUCACUGCUGACAUGUCCCUUGUUGAUGUGACAACUGAACUAGUUAAGAUCCCUAGUGGGAGCACAGACUGCACCAUCCCCAUUACUUGGGCAACAGAGAACAGGAAGGCUGUGGACAUGUUCGUUGUAUUGACCAACAACCCGUUGUGGACCUUCAGUGCCAGCCCUGUAGAGACUCUGAGGAAGCACCGACAACAAUCAGGAAUAUUUUCUAAGCUGGUAAUGUGCGGGUUGACCUCCAUUGGACAUGCCAUCGCAGACACAGAGGACCGGGGUUUGCUGAACAUCUGUGGUUUCGACCUUGGAGCUGUGAACAUUAUUCGCAAUCUUGCCCAGGAUCUGAUCUGAUAUGAGGACAUUAUUUAAGUCUUGUAAAGAGUACAAAAAUGAAAUGUCAGUGGAGAGACUCGGCUCGCAUAGCACGUAGAGUGCCCUAAAACAGCACUAAUCCAAAAGAUGUUGAUGCUGACAAUUCUGAUUUUGUAUCGUUUCACUGACCAGUCAAAUGGUCAUGUCCAGCAGGCUGGACCUCACUCUGAAACUUAUCUGCAUUUAUUAUCCUGAAAUUUGGGAAAGAACUACGGUAUACAACCUGAUAUGCCAUUGUAUACCAGGUUGUUAGUAUCUUAUGUAAACAGCAAAUUGUGUAACUUGCUGUUUUGUGCUUUAGUGGUCCUUGGUGAGAAAUGAGAAACUAAAAAAUGGUAGACCUUCUCAACACUUUCAGACAAGCUGUGUGACGCAUGAGACCGGUAUAGUGUUGAAACCUUAGUGCUGUUGUAGGUUCACUUAAGGAGAUAUACUGUAGAUUUGGUUAUAAAUCUAUGGUAUGACUGAGCAAGUCACAGGUGAAGGUACAGGCCAUUUAAAGCCUCUUGAGGUCUGUAUGUAGCAUUGUUAUAAAUGAGAUCAACAGGUGGGGAAUAAAUAAGUAAAACACUAAGGUUCAUAAAAAAAACUUGCAUUUGUGAUCUGCAAAAUUCUCUGAUUUGGUUAAAGAAGUUUUAAGUGUAUUGUAUAUGGGCAAGUAGUUGAAAUGAACAUGUCUAGAAUUCCAAUGAUGUGUGACUUUUGGCUCUGGCCAUGUCCGAAUUCUUGUGUCUAAUGCAUUUACAUUUUUCCCCCCGAUACCAUUAUUUGUCUUUUUUCCAAAUUGAGUAGUUUCUUUUGAACUUUAUUUAAAAAAAAAACCUUGGUGCUCUUAAAUAUGGGAUGAUUAAUGAAGGUAAUUUUGUUUUAUUUUGAAGACAAUGAUGCCAGUGUUUGGGACUGUAAGUGAGAUUUACUGCAAGUUGGAAAUGGAUUUUGUUCCUGUCAAUAUGAUUUCUAUGCAUCAUAACUGAGGAAAUCGAAAUUAUUCAACAAUGGUUUACCAAGACUAAAGCUGCUAGCAAAGUAAUGCUUUUGUUUUUAACUGCAGUGUAAGGGUGUCAGUGAUGUCGACUAACAGAAAAUUCCAACCUUUCCAGUGUAAUAGAUAUAACUGAAUGUACUUUUUGUAAUACAUGUGUAACACUAGAGUUUUAAGAUGCAAUGCUUUAUAUUUCCCUGAAUAAAGAAACAACACUAGAAUAUUUGACAUGUUAGGAGCCAUUUAAAAAUUUGGGAACAACCUAAGCUACAGUGGUGCUGUUUAAUCACUGUAAAUUACUAUUAUCGCAUUUCCUGAGCUUUUCUCAUUCUCUUUAAUGGUAUAUUAAACCCUUUACAAAGAAGAGAUAAUUCAAACCCAGACCACGUUACUGUGACAGAUUCUUUGUCCCAUGUUUUUUUUUUAACAUGCUCAGAUUUUGCCUCGGGUGUGUUGAACUGUAUCAAAAUGCUAGAAAACCUGAAAAUGCAACCAUAUGAUCCUUAAUGCUACAUGUUGUAGUCCAAAGUCUGACACUCUUGGAUAUUGCUAUCAAGUGGGGUUGUAGCUGGUUAGUAUUUCUACAUCAUGGUCAACUUGAUUCCAUCACAUAGUUCGUUGUAACUUGCUUGACAUGUGCUCAACCGUAGUGACGAUGUUAACCCCUAAUAAAGAUUUUUUG